CGUUACUUACCAUCUUUGAUUUUCUUCCUAAAUCCUCUCCGUUUUUUUUUCCUAUUUUGUGUUGUGCCUCUCUCGUUUCGCUUUCUCACAGUUUUUUUUUUUUUUUUUUUUUUUUUUUGGUUCUGUUCUUUUUUUCUUUCUCAUUCCUUAUGUGUUUGUCUCUCUGCUACACCGAAAAAACCUGUCUUUUGUAAUUGUUACUGUUGAGUUUCACAAACAUUCAGCCAACUCUUCCAUUCUCUUGUUACCUACCAAUAUUUAUUCUGUCAGCAUGUCUCAGACUAACUGGGAAGCUGAUAAGAUGUUAGAUGUUUACAUCCAUGAUUACCUAGUGAAGAGGGAUUUGAAGGCUUCAGCUCAGGCUUUUCAAGCUGAAGGGAAAGUGUCCUCGGACCCUGUUGCUAUUGAUGCACCUGGAGGAUUUCUGUUUGAGUGGUGGUCGGUAUUCUGGGACAUAUUUAUUGCCAGGACCAAUGAGAAGCACUCAGAGGUUGCUGCAUCUUAUAUUGAGACUCAGUUAAUUAAGGCUAGAGAGCAACAGCACCAACAACAACAACAGCAACCACAGCCUCAGCAGUCGCAACAUCAACAACAGCAGCAGCAACAACAACAACAACACAUGCAGAUGCAACAAAUGCUGUUCCAGAGGGCUCAACAGCAACAGCAGCAGCAGCAACAACAACAACAACCACAACAGCAGCAGCAACAGCAACCACAGUCGCAACAUCAGCAGCCACCACCACAGCAACAGCAGGGUAGGGAUAGGGCUCAUCUCUUAAAUGGUGGUACAAAUGGGUUAGUUGGAAACCCUAGCACUGCAAAUGCACUAGCAACAAAGAUGUACGAGGAAAGGUUAAAACUGCCCCUUCAAAGGGACUCUUUGGAAGAUGCAGCAAUGAAGCAAAGAUUUGGAGACCAACUUUUGGACCCAAAUCACGCCUCAAUUUUGAAGUCAUCUGCAGCUACCGGCCAACCUUCAGGGCAAGUAUUGCAUGGUACUGCUGGUGCAAUGUCUCCACAAGUUCAAGCUCGUAGUCAACAAUUGCCAGGGUCUACUCCGGAUAUAAAAAGUGAGAUCAAUCCUGUUUUAAAUCCAAGAGCUGCAGGUCCUGAAGGAUCAUUAAUAGCAAUGCCUGGUUCGAAUCAAGGUAGCAACAAUUUGACUCUGAAAGGGUGGCCACUUACAGGCUUGGAGCAAUUACGUUCUGGUCUACUCCAGCCACAGAAACCUUUCAUGCAGGCCCAACAGCCUUUUCAACAACUUCCAAUGUUGACACCACAGCAUCAGCAACAGCUAAUGCUAGCACAACAAAAUUUGGCAUCGCCAUCUUCCAGUGAUGAUAGUAGAAGACUCAGAAUGCUGCUCAAUAACAGGAAUAUGGGUGUAAGUAAGGAUGGUCUUUCAAACCCUGUUGGUGAUGUAGUAUCAAAUGUUGGAUCACCUCUUCAAGCAGGUGGCCCUACUUUUCCGCGUAGUGAGACAGAUAUGCUAAUGAAGUUAAAGCUGGCUCAGUUGCACCAACAUCAACUACAGCAGAAUGCCAAUCCUCAACAGCAGCAACUUCAACAACAUUCUCUUUCAAAUCAGCAAUCACAUUCACAGACUUCAAAUCAUAACAUGCAUCAGCAAGAUAAAAUUGGGGGAGGUGGUAGUGUCAACGUGGAUGGUAGCAUGUCAAAUUCGUUUAGAGGAAAUGAUCAGGUUUCCAAAAACCAGACUGGGAGAAAGAGAAAGCAGCCUGCAUCUUCUGGUCCCGCCAAUAGUUCUGGGACAGCUGGCCCCUCUCCUAGUUCAGCACCCUCAACUCCCUCAACACAUACACCUGGUGAUGUGAUGUCAAUGCCCGCUUUACCUCAUAGUGGUAGUUCUUCAAAGCCAUUAAUGAUGUUUGGUGCUGAUGGCACUGGAACUCUGACAUCACCUUCAAACCAGUUGUCGGAUGAUAAAGAUCUUGAAUUGCAGGCUGAUGUGGAUCGCUUUGUGGAGGAUGGAUCUCUUGAUGAUAAUGUUGAGUCUUUUUUAUCCCAUGAUGAUACAGAUCCUAGAGAUACUGUUGGUCGUUGUAUGGAUGUAAGCAAAGGUUUCACGUUUAAUGAAAUAAAAUCUGAACGUGCAAGCACUAACAAAGUUGUCUGUUGCCAUUUUUCGUCUGAUGGGAAAUUGCUUGCUAGUGGUGGCCAUGACAAAAAGGCUGUUUUAUGGUUCACAGAUUCUCUAAAACAGAAAGCUACUCUUGAAGAGCACUCAUCUUUAAUCACUGAUGUCCGUUUCAGUCCAAGCAUGCCUCGUCUUGCAACAUCUUCAUAUGACAAAACUGUCAGGGUGUGGGAUGUUGAUAAUCCUGGGUAUUCGCUUCGUACCUUUACUGGGCAUUCUUCAUCUGUUAUGUCACUAGAUUUUCACCCAAAUAAAGACGAUCUUAUCUGCUCUUGUGAUGUUGAUGGCGAGAUACGAUAUUGGAGCAUUAACAAUGGCAGUUGUGCUAGAGUCUCAAAGGGUGGCACUGCUCAGAUGAGAUUUCAACCUCGUCUAGGGAGGUACCUAGCUGCAGCUGCAGAGAAUGUUGUUUCUAUACUUGAUGUGGAAACACAAGCUUGUCGAUAUUCACUCAAGGGACAUACAAAAUCUAUACAUUCUGUGUGUUGGGACCCUUCUGGGGAGUUUCUUGCAUCUGUCAGUGAGGACUCUGUCAGGGUUUGGACUCUUGGAACUGGGAGUGAAGGGGAGUGUGUUCAUGAGCUUAGCUGUAAUGGCAAUAAGUUUCACUCGUGUGUUUUCCAUCCAACGUAUUCUUCGCUGUUGGUUGUUGGUUGCUACGAGUCAUUGGAGCUCUGGAACAUGACUGAGAACAAGACCAUGACUCUAUCCGCACAUGAAGGUCUUAUUGCUGCAUUGGCUGUUUCUACUGUAAAUGGUUUGGUUGCUUCAGCCAGUCAUGAUAAGUUUGUGAAGCUCUGGAAGUGACUUGGUUUUGUCAUUAAUACAGGUUGUUUUAUUAGUGUUGAUAAUGUUUGUAGUUUAUUUACCCUUUUUUGUAGCUUGAUCAACCACCCUCACAUGUUUGUAGUUAAUUUUCCCUUUUAUGUAGCAUGAUCAACCACCCUCUUGCCAUUUGUUAUAAUCUGAUUUUCUAUGUAACCAUAGAUACUAACUUUUGUAAUAUUGUCACCCCUGUUGUAUCCUGUUUCAUUAUUGCUAUACUCGGACAUUUCUGCUUGUUCCAACCUGAUUGUCUAUUUAGUUGAGUGUCAGAAACACAUUUUGUAACACU